UCUUCAGAAGCAAAUAUGAUAAAUUCAAUCAGAUUCGGCCGCGUUCCACCGCCGAUCGUGCUCACUUUACCUCUUCCACCGCGGCUCCGCCGUAUAGACUCGCCUGAGCUCCGAUCCCGUCAACUGAUCGGUUUCUCCACCGCACCUGAUCAGAACCAAGAGAACAUGGAUGACUCUAAGAACACCGACAAGCAGAGUGGAGAUAUAAUGACUGAUUCGUUCGGGCUAGCGUACGCGUGCCGAAGCGAGUAUGAAGGAUUUGGAGGGAUUUAUAGAUGGAUUAAGUCAACCGAGGAGGGGGCUGAGAAUGAAAAGAAACGUGAAUACGAUAAAAGCCAAGGGAGCGAGGUGAAGGAGAAGGAGAAGGCUCGACAUCAAACUCACUCCAACUGCUAAGAACAAUGAUCUUGUCUCAUACUCGUUUGUAUUGUGUCUGAUGUUUUUCUUUGUCACGUUGUUGUCAUGAGAAGUUAGUUUGUAUAAAAUCUAAAUUUGCAUUUUGUAAAUUAAUUAGAAGAAUAUUGGGUGUGAUGAUAA